AUGAGACAGCAACAUUUGCUGGAAGAAAACAAGCCAUAUAUUUAUAGACAAGUCUACGGGAGGGGUGAGGGCAAAGGAACCAAUGACAUUCUGGUUAUUUCUCGCUGUGACAUCAUGCUAGUGAUGGAAAUAAAGGACACCCAAAACAAAACAUGCCCUUUUUUAAUGGAGAAGCUUAACAGUCUCUCAAAAGGAACAGAAAAAGAAUUCAAAUAUGUGAUCAGUGAACGAUUAGGAAGAAAAACCUAUAAGGAACAAUAUGCUUUCAUCUAUAGACCAAAACUGGUAUCAGUGAAGCAAACCUAUCAGUAUCCUGACCGUCAGCCUGGGGAUGAAGAUGCUUUUUCUAGAGAACCCUUUGUUGUCUGGUUCCAGGCUCCAAGAAGUGCGGUCACAGACUUUGUGAUAAUCCCUCAGCACACGACCCCCGAAACAGCUGUGCGAGAAAUUGAUGAACUCUACGAUGUCUAUUUAGCUGUGAAACAGAAGUGGAAAUCUAAGCCUCUCUCUCCCAUUGACCGCUCAAUCUACAUCUUCACUUGACUGCCUGUCUUGC